GAGUUUGUGUCUACAUAGGAGUGGCUGGUCAGAGGUUUUAGUUAAUUUGGUUUCUUUAGAGCUAAUAAUGUGAGAAUUUGGGAUAGGACGUGCAUGGUUUUACAGGCAAACGUGUGCUACGUUAGGAUAGAUCAGCGUGCAUAAAACUGAAACAUGUUGAAUGCAUACUGUAAAUGUUGCAGAUUAUCAACCGAAUCAAUCAGAAUAAGACUGGAGAAUACUUUUACUCUUGCUGUUCUUGUAUGUCUGUGCGAGCACUGUAGACUCAUUAUCUAGCUUUGUCUUGAAGCGCAUCCGGGGCUGCAAUCCACACUGCGUCUGGGGCGAGGGAAGGUCUCCAUUUCCUGCAUUUCGCGAUGGACGCAGAAGACACCAGUGGACACUCAGAUUUGAGAGUUCAAGACGAAACUGCUGAAAUUUGUGAGAACUUCCAGAAAUGCAGUCUGAGUGCGAGUAUGAAUGACUUGCCACUGGAAGUGUGGCUGGCCAUCGGUCGAUUUGUUCCACCAGAGGAUGUGCUCACAUUCUGUCUUAUCUGUCGAAGAUCUUACGAAGCGACUCAUCGACCGCUAUUCUGGAUUCGCCUCUACAAAAGGCACAGACCGCCUCCUCUGUGUUGCAAAGGGCUGCUAUCACAAGAUCUCACAUACCGGGGGAUCAAAACAGGAAAAGGCUUGAGAGCUAAAGUAAUCAGAGCUCUUUACCGCAUGUAUCCUUUAUUCGGUAGGAUACCGUUUAAGUUACUUGAAAAUGGAGACUUUCUUGUUGGUCGUCGAUGUUGUGGAUUGUGGGCACGUACUGAAGUGUCAACAAUUUGUAGAAACAAGCGAAAUUUGUAUUUAAAACUUGAAGAUGUAGAAGGACGCGAGUCGAGGCAUAUGUUUCAUGCUCUGAAGGCUAACUACGAGGCAAAUAUGAAAAUAUUGGUGAUUGAGGGAUUUGAGAAUCAAACAUUUCCUCCCAUAAAAAACCUUGUUUUGCGUAAGAUGUUGAUUAGGAGAGUUCAUGCUGAUAGUAAGAAAAAGGGCGAUGAAAUUGUUGCUGAGAAUAGUGAAGUCACGUUGCAUUUCGAUGGCGAGUGCAGGGAAAGUGUGACAAUUACAGUGAGGUCCGACAGAUGUCAUAAGUUUAUAGUAUCAGUACUGGAUUGGUGGGAUAUUCGUUAUCCUUAUCCUUAUCUGAGAUAUGCAAAAGAAAGAGCAAUGAAGAGACGCAUUCAUAUGGGAAAGUUGCCACAUAAAGUGAGGACUGACAUUAGUUGGAUGUUUGGUAAUGAAGACGACGACCAUGAUGAUGACUAUUACUGGUAACAACAUCUAGUGUGUGACGUUGAAGUACAUUGAUGUCUGUGUUGGACAAACUGUGUUCAGAGUUAUUGGUACUAAUAGUUGAGACAUAUAUGAUCUAGCUUUAUAUGGUAAGUUUUUAAAGCACGUCUAAUAUGUGUGUGAAAUAUAUCACAGGAGGGGGUUUUGAUGUAUGAAUUUGUUAUUGCCAUUGUUUAUUUUACUCGGUGUAUUGUAGUGUUGUCAGACUUGACUGGGACCUAAUACCUAGUUGGUGUCUAGCUGCUUUUAACUUGGCAUCAUUUUGUUGCACUUGUUUAUUGAAGUUCUAUCUUUUUCUAAAAGGUGAUUUUGCUUUCUACAGUAAUAGAAUAAGACAUGUAUGGAUGUUAU